UUUCAUUGAAUUUGAACUGCAUUAUUUUAACUGGAAAUGGCUAAAGGGGCAAAAGGCCCCAAAGGGAAGAAGGUCACAUUGAAGAUUGCUAAGACCUGCAUCAAGAUCACCUUUGAUGGAAAACGCCGUCUUGACCUGAGCAAGAUGGGCAUCACAACUUUCCCCAGGUGCAUCCUCAAGCUGGAUGAUGUGGACGAGAUAGACCUCAGCAGAAACAUGAUCAAAAAAAUCCCAGACGCAAUCGAAAAAUUUCAGAACCUGCGUUGGUUGGACUUGCAUAGUAACCAGAUUGAUAAGCUGCCAGAAACAAUAGGGAACCUACAGAACCUCAUUUUCCUGAAUCUCUGCAACAACAAGCUCACAGCCCGCAGCUUACCAGUGGAGCUAAAUCAGCUCAAGAAUCUGCGAAACCUUAAUCUUGGCCUAAACCACAUUGACAAUCUCCCAACCACUCUGGGAGCUUUAAAGGAGCUCCAGGAAGUUGGGGUUUUUGAUAAUUUACUGACACUUAUCCCAAACAGUGUUGCAAAACUCCCUAAGCUGAAGAAACUAAAUGCCAAGAGAAACCCAUUUCCUGGGCCCACAGAAGAGGAAAUCUUUAUUGAUAACAUCAAACGCCUUGAGACACUUUAUUUGGUAGAAGAAAAAGAUCUUUGCUUCUCAUGCUUGAGGAAAUGUCAAGAAGAGAGGGACAAGCUAAACAAGCUGAAGAAUACAAUGCCCGCUCCCCUCAGAAAGCCAAACUUUUCAAACCUCAUGACCCCCAACUCACUAGCAAAGGAGAAUCAAACAGAGUGGAGGUGAAUGAGGUACCAUCCCCAUCCCCAGACAAAUGACAGAUAAUGAUGCUGAGGUAUGGCAUGGCAUAGCAACUUGCAUCUCUUCCUUAUGAAUGAUCCCAAGUAAUAAAACAGCUCUGGAUCUCAUACAGCUCUACUACUCUAACAGACAUGUAUCAAUCCACCACACAUUCCCAUAGCAGGAGGUCAGAAUCUAAAUCUGUUAGCCCCAGCUUCUCUCCAGCUUGUAAUUGGGAGCGGACAUUACAACAGUUGUACUGACCUUCCAAUAUGUACCACAGCUUCAGUGAAGACCUCCCCUUCCCUCUUCUGAUUCAAUAAAGGUGGGCUGGAGAGUUUGGACACUAGAUACAAGAGGCAUCCCAAGCAUCUUUUCAUCCAUUGCCAAAGACAUCCUCUCUUCUAGCUCUCAGAGAAAGACCAGAAAUUAUUGGAUGUUGGAGGCUAGGUGCUGACA